AUGGUAUUUCGGAAACCACCAGAUGGUGGCUGGGGCUGGGUGAUCGUUGUCGUUUCCUUCUUUACUCAGUUCUUGUGUUACGGAUCACCGCUGGCGGUGGGAGUCUUGUAUUUAGAAUGGCUGGAUGCUUUUGGAGAAGGGAAAGGCAAGACCGCUUGGGUUGGAUCACUAGCAAAUGGAAUCGGAUUGCUUGCCAGUCCUGUCUGCAGUAUAUGCGUGUCAUCUUUUGGAGCAAGACCAGUAGCAAUUUUCAGUGGCUUUAUGGUGGCCGGGGGCCUCAUGAUGAGCAGUUUUGCACCUAACAUAUACUUUCUAUAUAUUUCAUAUGGGAUUGUUGUUGGGCUUGGAUGUGGCCUUUUGUAUACCGCAACAGUUACCAUCACUUGCCACUAUUUUGACAAACGCAGAGGCCUUGCACUUGGUCUGAUUUCAACAGGCUCAAGUGUUGGACUCUUUAUAUAUGCAGCAUUGCAAAGAGAGCUUAUCGAUCUAUAUGGACUGGAUGGUUGUCUGCUAAUAGUUGGUGCACUGUCUCUAAAUAUAUUAGCAUGCGGCAGCCUGAUGAGACCACUGGAGUCAUCUGAUUCCCCUCCACCAGAAAAAACCUGUGUAGACAAAGUCCCAGAUCAAUAUUUUGUUUACCAUGAAAAAGAAAAGACUGUUGAAGAAAACAUAAGCAUCCUUGAAAAGGGCUACGUUGAUGAAAAAUGUGCGAACAAUAUGCCUGAUUACAAACAGGAUAGCAUUUUAAAUAAGAAUGUACUAAGCCCGAUAAAUGUAAAUGAGAAAGACACUUAUAAAAAGAAAGUUGUAGAACAGACAAACUUCUGCAAGCAACUCGCCAAACGGAAGUGGCAGCUCUAUUUGAACUACUGGGAGGAAACGGUUGUUCUUUUUAAGAACAAAGUAUUUUCAGCUCUCUUUGUUGCCAUCUUGCUUUUCGAUAUCGGUGGAUUUCCUCCUUCUUUGCUCAUGGAAGAUGUAGCAAGAAGUGCAAACAUUAAUGAAGAUGACUAUCAUAUGCCCCUUAUUUCCAUUAUAGGCAUUAUGACCGCUGUUGGCAAACUUACUUUAGGAAUACUGGCAGAUUUUAAGUGGGUUAACACUUUAUAUCUAUACGUAACUACCUUACUAAUGACAGGAGUGGCCUUGUUUGCAAUUCCAUUUGCCAAAAGUUACCUUACAUUAGCGAUGCUUUCUGGGAUUUUGGGUUUUCUGACUGGGAACUGGUCGAUAUUUCCAUAUGUAACAACGAAGACUGUGGGAAUUGAGAAACUAACUCAUGCAUAUGGGAUAUUGAUGUUCUUUGCUGGACUUGGAAAUAGCCUCGGACCACCGAUUGUAGGUUGGUUUUACGACUGGACGCAGGAGUAUGACACUGCAUUCUAUUUCAGUGGCUUUUGUGUCUUACUGGGUGGAUUUCUUCUGCUGUUGGCAGCCUUACCCUGCUGGAAUGCCUGUACCAGUCAGAGCUCAAAGCUGCCUCCAAACACUUACUCCUACAAAGUUGCAUCUAGCGCUUAG